AUGGUACCCAUGCUUCCAGCAGAUCCGGUAGUGAUCUACCCAAAGGAAGGUAUAUUCUUAAAGCAUGGCCGCGAUGUUAUGCCAGCGCCUGACUUUGUGACAUUGGUGUGUCACAUGAGUCCGUACAGACCGCACAACUUGCGCAAGGACUUUUGGGAGAAACUGGAAGCGGAACGUCCCGUCGACGAGAGGUUAGCUGCGGCGGCAGUAAAACGUGAGGAUGAGGUUGUCUCCUGUAUGGUGCAGGAGGACACAGUGGGUGCUGUGACUCAUCCGAGUGGUAUGAGAGUUAGGUGUGGGCUCCCUGCAAAGGAAGCAAGGGUAGAGACCACAUCCAUCUCUGCGGAUCCCAGCGGGGUGUUGGACCAGUCAGUACGAAAGGCGGAAGCCCAGCUGGGAGACGAUGACAAGUCUCAGGCUGGGGGGUCGUUAAGAAAUAUGUACACACGCAGUCAAAGUGCGAAGUCCCCGAAGCUCACUAGGAGACAGAAGGAUUCGGCCAAGAUUAUGGAAUGGACAGGGGUACGAUCUGUCCCAUAG